AUGAGUUCAAAAAAAGGAGGAAGCAAGACCCCGUAUGGGGCUGGUGGGGGCUUUUCACAACCAAAGGGAAAGGGACUCGAAGGCUCCAGGUCAGCAGAGAACGAUUCAAGAAUCGACCAGCUGUGCCAUGGCAUGGCAUCUAUGAACGCAGACAAUGCACAGGACGGUGAAUGGGAGUGUGCAAAGAGGUCCAAGAAUCGUGGUGGUAAUGCCGCCAGAGAGCGGGCUUUAUCAUCUCAUGUUUCUAAAGCAUGGGUUCCUUCAGAAGCAGCUCCAAAGACGGGCAUGACUUCUAAUCUUGGGACAGGAAAGCCUGUUGGAAAAAGUUGGGCACAUGCUGUUGAAACUAGAAACCCAGCGGGGCGAGGAAACUGGAAGCCUCACUCACUUAGUAAUGGUCGGGAAUCUCCAUACAUGGCACCACCUCCUGCUGACAUUCCUCCACCCCUUCAGCAUGGUUGGCAGUGGGCCACUAGAAGUGGUGCAUGUUCCCAAGCCAAGGCUUCCCCGGGGGGACUAAAUGAAGGGUAUAAUUCUGGCUGUGAUGGAGUAUCUGUAGAACCUGAUGGUGCUAGUGAUGAUGACGACUUUGUUGACUCUGAUGAUGAUCUUAGUGACGGGUAUGAUUCUGAUUUGAGCCAGAAAAGCCACGAGAACAGAAAGAAAAACAAGUGGUUUAAGGCAUUCUUUGAAGCAUUGGACGCCCUUACGCUUGAACAAAUAAAUGAACCGACUAGACAAUGGCAUUGCCCAGCCUGUCAACAUGGCCCUGGUGCUAUUGACUGGUACAGAGGUCUCCAACCCCUCAUAACACAUGCCAAGACGAAGGGGUCUAAAAGAGUGAAGCUUCACCGAGAGCUUGCUGAGCUGCUGGAGGAAGAACUGCAAAGGAAAGGCACUAGUGCUGUACCAAUUGGUGAAGUAUUUGGCAAAUGGAAGGGUUUGAGUCAGACUACAGCUGACCACGAGAUAGUUUGGCCUCCUAUGGUUGUCGUCAUGAACACCAUACUUGAGAAGGAUGACCACGAUAAGGUAGUUUGUUUUGCAUUACACCUCAAGAGCAAUAUUAUGAUCCCUGUGGCUGUCUAGAGAUUACGAAUAGUUUAUCUGAGCUUUCAUUCGUUUUUAACGAAACCGCAAGUCAUCACUGUGGUGGGGCUGCAUUAUUUCUUAAUGUAGUUGCCGGAAAUCCUGUUCGACUGCAACAUGCAUCCAGUUGCCCCCUUUUUUUUUUGUUUGUUGAAGUGUUUCUAAUAGUCCUUAAUGAUUUAUGGAGAAUUAUUUCUAUUUUAAUAUUAAUUUUUUGGAUUUUGACUCGACAGCACCAUGAGAAUCAUUUAUUUCCUAUGCCGAGCGAUAAGAAAAAAAAAUUACGACUUGGUGACUUAUGAUAGUACAGUAAUGAUCGUGCUUAGUUUAUUACGUUUACUCUAUUUUUUUCGAUCCAUUGUUGGUGGAAGAUCUCGAUAAUGAUUUGAAUAUUUGUGGAGUAUUUUAUAAGUGCGUUCACUGUGACCAUAAUUGUUUCUUGAACCUAUGUGCCUGUAUGAUUGUGAAGUUGCAAGAAAGAAGUAGACAACAAAGUUCGGGCUGUCUAUAGCUAAUCUAUUAUUUGGCUAAUCAUAAAAAAAAACUGGAACCAACGAAGUUUCUAUUUUAAUAUGAUGAAAUCUGCAAUAUCACGUUCGAAAUUGGUCAGAUUGAAGGAUCUAUUUACACAUUAUAUGUAAUGUUUUUCUCUUGAAUGUCACUAGAUUUUCUUUGGCCUAGACUAGAUUGGGGUUGGUAGUCGUCAGGUGGUUCAUGUUGUUAGAAAAUUAACUUAGACUGUGCAUGUCUCUUUCAUCCUCCAAUCUCACUCUGUAUCGGGGUCUGUGGGAGUUCUGAAGGCUAUUAAUAAUGUUGCAUUGGAACGGCAUCACUAGUAAGUCUGUCUAGUAGGCUUAUUACAAUACUUCUAAAUUUUCUGUUUGGAACUGUAGAAAUAUCCUUUUUUCUUCCUACAUGAUCAGCCUCUCUCUCUCUCGCUUCCUGGGUUGAUAACACAGGCAUGUUCUAGCCAGCUUCACUAUUUCCUCAUGGCUCACUUUGUUUUUAGGACCAUCCCCGCGGAUGUCUUUGUGUUUGAGUUGGUAUUCUUUGUUCUGGCCAUGAUGUGCAGUGGAUCGGGAUGGGUAAUCAGGAACUUCUCGAUUAUUUCCGAGCAUAUGAAGCUGUGAAGGCUCGACAUUCAUAUGGCCCCCAGGGCCACCGCGGGAUGAGUAUCUUGAUAUUCGAGGCAUCGGCCAUGGGCUAUGUGGAAGCUGAACGUCUGCACAAGCACUUUGUAGACGAAGGAACCGACAGGGAAGCCUGGGAGCGCCGUAGAAGGCUGUUCUACCCGGGAGGACAACGCCAGCUCUAUGGUUUUUUGGCUUCUAAGGAAGACAUGGAUUGCUUCAACCAGCACUCUCAAGGUAUUAUUUUUACUUUAUAUACGUAAACUUGUCUAUGUUGGUUUCCUCCACGAGGUUAUAACAUCUUUGUAGCCCAUGCUAGCAUCACAAUCCUUGCCGCUCUUUUUCCUAUUUCUUGGCCUUUUAUUUAGUUGUAAUGGGACUCUGUUAGGUAAAUCCCGACAGAAGUUUGAGAUGAGAUCAUACCAAGAGAUGGUCGUGGGGCCGAUGAAGCAGAUGAGCGAAGAUAAUCAGCAAUUAGUCUGGUAUAAAAACAAGGUUGAAAAGCAGCAGCAGCGGUCGAAGACCCUUGAAGAGUCUGUGGGACUGUUCAGUCAGAAACUGCGCCAGACGAAUGAAGAAAACAAGAUCGUGAGGCUUCGAUCCAAAGAGCAGCACGAAGAAAACAAGGCAGAGGUACUGCCGUGAAGCAGAGAACCGAUCAUUUUUCGCAUUCAUUUAUUUUUCGUAAUUAACUGGUCCCUUAGCUACCCUAAAUGAAGGUAUGGGCGACAAAAAAAAAUGUUUUUAAUUUAUAUAACUGUGACGCCAUCUGUUCGAAGCAAUAUCUGUUGAGCCUCUAAUGCUUCAGCGUUUUGCUAAUCAGCCGUUACUACUUCACUGACUAUGAUACUCCAGAAUUUCCUUUUGGCUGAACUUAAUUAAAAAUAUAUGGGCCUUCCAUUUAAUGUUUUUUUCUCAUGGGUGUGCGAAUUAUGGCGUGUAGAUGGAUCAACAAGAUCGCUUCUUUAAGGAGCAAAUGGAUAAGGUCCACAAGACCAUUGAGGAGAAGGAAAGAAUUUUCGAGAAGCUGCUCCAGGAGGAGCGCUCCAAGGCCAGACAAGCAUUUCUGGAUUCGGAGACGAAGCAGGAGCAGGGCCCCGGGUACUAUAUUUUCUUCCGAUCUUGAAGGGUAGCGAUCAUCUGGUCCCGUUAUCCAAUAAUUUCUUCUCUCUGUUGGGGAUUCUCACGAUGACGACAUGGUGAAUCUGUGAGCUUUCCCCUUGCUGAGCGGUGGAUUUCCGAUCUCAGGAGAGUGGAUAUCGCUCAUAUCAUCGAUGGCCAGGAGAAGGAAGUCCAAGAGUUCCUUGCGGAGAGAGAGAAGCUCGAACGGGCUCAUGAAGAUAGGAAGGCGGAGAUGCGGCGAAGGCAUCUGGAAGAAGAGAUCAAUCUGGAGAGGGAGUUUGACCACGCCCUCACAAAGCUGAUGGAGAAGUACACUCCCGGAGCCUUCGAGGCGGCCCGCGACGAUUGA